CGCCUGCCGCCUCCGCGCCGCGGCUCCCAUGUCGCGGGCGGGGGGCGAUGGCACUGCUGCACUGGAGCGGGCCGGGGCGGAGACAGUGAGGCGAGCGGUGGAACUGGAUCUGGCGUCUCGGUUCCAGGAGUCGCUGGUGUGCUACCAGGAGGGCAUUGACCUCCUGCUGCAGGUGGUGAAAGCCACGAAAGAUGAGGCCAAAAAACACCGAUACCGGCAGAAAAUAUCCGAGUACAUGACCAGAGCUGAAGACAUUAAGAAACACAUUGAAAAAGAGAAACAAGAUGGCAAAUACCAUAAGCAAAUUAGGAUAGAGGAAAAUGCAACAGGUUUCUGCUACGAGAAGCUUUUCCAAGAGUACCUUACUGAAAUUGUUUCUGAAGUUUGGGUGGAGGACCCCUAUAUUAGGCAGGCUCAUCAGUUAUAUAACUUCCUUCGAUUCUGCGAGAUGAUAGUUAAGGGGCCAUGCAAAGUGAAAACAAUCCACCUCCUCACUUCCUAUGAUGAAGGCAGUGGAAGGAGUCAGCAAGUAAGUGGCUUGGAAGAAAUUCAACAGUCAUUGAGAAGUUACGGAGUAACACUGAAUAUUGCAUUUUCAUCUUCAAUACAUGAUCGAGAAAUUAGAUUCAACAAUGGAUGGAUGAUUAAGAUUGGAAGGGGUCUUGAUUAUUUUAAGAAACCACAGGGUCGUUUCAGCAUUGGAUACUGUGACUUUGACUUGCGACCUUGCCAUGAAACAACAGUGGACAUUUUUCAUACUAAACAUACAAAGCAAAUGUGAUCAACUAUGACUGCUUUUAAUAAGCAUUUUUAUAAGCAUAAUAAGUCUGAUUAGAAGAUGCUGCUUGACUCCAGCUGUCUACCCUCAGACCCAACUCUUCCAAGUUCGUAGUCCAACAAGUUUAGGGAUACUUCAGACUUCAGUCUGAGAAAACACAACUGUAUGAUUCCUUGCCUGUAUCUCAUCUAUAAUCCUAAUCCAAUCCCUGUCCAAACUCGAUCUUGAUUUCAUAACUGACUCAAUACCGUCUCUCAAAGGCCUCUAUACUGUUGUUUCUAUUUUUACUAUUAAUUUUUUCUUGAGCAAAUUUUUUCUUUAGAUCUUUAAUUGACCACCUCACAAGCAUUUGAAGGUGGGCUGCCACACGUCCUAUUUUCUGAACAGUCUUAUUUAUUGUUCCAGUGAGCUCAUUUCGAUAAGGAAUUAUCAAUUACACGUACCACAGGUGCUGAUAGGUAUGGCUUUAUUUAAUAUAAAAGGUGGACGAGGCUGCUCUGCAGCACUGCAAGGCACAAACCCAAAGCAAGCACGACCCUGUGAGUUACCCACGAAACACAGAAGCAGAGCCUGAUCCCAGCAAAGUGCAGCUAACUUACCCUAAGCACCCUGUAAGAAACAGCGGCACCGAAGAUCACAAAGCGGCGGAGCUGACCGUCUCCCAUCCAUGCAGGCCUCCCUGUGAGACCAAAUCUUGUCGUGUUGGACCAGAGAAGCGGCAGCUCCCAGUAGCAACCGUCAGGUUUUUCGAGGGUCCCGCAUCCUGUGACAUUGGGCCAAGGUGUCACAGGAGGCUGGGUCUUGGAGCGAAAGCCCCCACCCUAUUUUGCAGUUGCGUUACGUAACUUCUCACCGUACUGCUGAUGCGCACAGCCCACUCAGGGGGUUGCACACCCCCUGCCCAGCAAUAGCCUUUCUUAUCUUCAUCUCCCUCAGGUCUAUUAGCGGUCAAGCGGGAGCUUGAAUGUCUUUCGUGGUCAUCCCAGGAUGUCAACACAUCAUAUCCCCCCUCAGUUUCAUAAACAAAGGAGCCUACAGAUACAUGUUACCU